GAGCAAAUUGAGAAUUCAACCCAUCUGUUAAGUUGAUGAGCAAUCUUCCACAAAUGUAGGAUAAAUCCCUGUUGCAUAACACCAGAAUGUAUGGGCUAAUAUGUUUGCAUUUUAUCCAUGGCGGACUCAACCAUCGCUUUAUGGCUGGAUGACAAACUAGCCCAGCUAGCCUUGAAGCCUAAAAGGUAGUUUCCAGCGUUAGCUGGACGGUCGAGACUUGAUUAAUAUCCGAUGCGCAAUGGUCACGAAAAAGUGAUGUGCUACGAUGGCUUCGUAUUUUUCAACCAUUUGCACGCCUGCCGAGGAAGCUUUUGAUUACCCAUUAAUUGCACGUUGCUAUAUUUAUGCACGGGACAUAUCCGGGUCUGCAAAAAACACUAGUAGGCUAGAGCUACUGUACAUGCAAACUAACCUAUGUGAGGUUGUAUCAACCUGGUGGUUUAUGUUAUGUUUGUUUUAUUUUAGAUACGACUAAUGUGAUGCCUUCCCCAUCUAAUCAUCUAUGCCCCUUAAACGAGGUUAAACAUACAUGUCCAAGGCCUUGGUCGGUUAAGACACCCUGUCCUGCAAACAAGAUAUGAUUAAUGUCAGUCGCAAUGAAGAAGAUACUCAAACCAACCAAAAUCAUCUACGUACGAUAACUACCAUUUCGGAGGCGUGGUUAUAAAAUGACAAGUUGUGCGUACAUGUAGCUGCCAGUUUGAAGUGAUGAGGAUGUCAGCAAAUGUUUACAUCAUUUCACCUUGGCGCAGAUCUCUUUCUAUAGUGAUAACAGUGGUCUGUAGUACGAUGUUACAUCGCGCGAUGAACGUGGAAUCUACUGGGCAGUGAAGUUGGAUUGUCCAUCGUGGAAAUGAGACGACCGUGCAGGAAGGGCAUAUUGUGUGCAUGCCACUCACUAGUACAAGUGUAUUUGUUAAAUCCUCUGGAGAAUCUGAAGAGCUACAUCAGCAGUCGUCCUCCGCUGGUUAUUUUUAUGGUCAGUGUCAGCGCUGUGGCCAUCACCUUCCUCACAAUAGGCUACUUCUUCAAAAUCAAAGAGAUCAAAUCGCCGGAGAUGACUGAGGAUUGGAACACCUUUCUCCUCCGCUUUAACGAGCUCGACUUCUGCAUCUCAGAGAAUGAGACACUGAAGCAUGGCCUAAACGAAUCCAUCACACCGGAGAGCACCGUCCCCAGCGGCGGGGGAGGCCAGGCGGGCCGUUCCAGUACCCAGCCGCCCAUCGCGCUGGAGGACCCGGGGCCCAUCAACAUCUCUGUGCCCAUCACGCUCACCCUGGACCCCCAGAGGCCGUUCGGGGGCUACUCGCGCAACAUCACCCACCUGUACGCCACCAUACUGGGCCAGCAGGUCGGCCUCGGAGGGAGGGAAGCUCACGAGGAGAUGAACAUCACGUUCACCCUGCCGGCCUCCUGGAACUCUGAUGACUGUGUCUUGCACGGCCACUGCGAACAGGUGGUGUUUAGCACGUGCAUGACCAUCACUGCGGCCAGCAAUGUCUUUCCCGUCACAGUUCAGCCGCCCCACUGUGUCCCUGAGACGUACACCAACGCCACGUCAUGGUACAAGAUUUUCACGACGGCCCGAGACUCGGACACCAAGUACACACAGGACUACAACCCCUUCUGGUGUUACAAAGGAGCCAUUGGGAAGGUGUACCACGCUCUGAACCCCAAGCUUACCGUCAUCGUACCAGAUGACGACCGGUCCCUGAUCAACCUCCACUUAAUGCACACCAGUUACUUCCUCUUUGUGAUGGUCAUCACAAUGUUCUGCUAUGCCGUCAUCAAAGGCCGGCCUGGGAAAGUAAGACAGAACAACAACAACAACUCAGACUACUGCCCUGAGAAGGUGGCCUUGUCGGAGGGAUAAUAUCGGCGCCGAAACAGAAGCAUAUCUGGUGAGAAAAGAAGGGGAAGAAAACUUGCCUACUGAACCCGUGGGAAGGGUGCAAAUCUCUGUGAAUGCAUUUCUCUGCAAUGUUGGGUCCCUCCAACCAAAGACAUAUAAGUGCCUGUAUCUACUGUGUACAUAUUUGUAGAACUCUUAUUCAGUACAGAAGCAGUUUGUCUGAGCCCCUACCUAACAACUCCCCCACCCAACCACCAUCAUCCCCAACACACACACACACACACACACACACACACACACACACACACACACACACACACACACACACACACACACACACACACACACACACACACACACAUACACACUCCCUUGUGCCAUCCACAUUCACCUCUGAGAGGAGAGGAGAUCAGCAAAGGACUCUGGACUGUAAUGCUUCAUAGUGAUCUAAUAAACUUCUGUCACAUUAUUUAAUCAUCUGACAACCUUCUGUGCCGAAAAAGCAGAGGUUUGCCCACCUACCUUGUUGUUUUCCAACCAAGUUCAUCAUUACUUGAGGGUGACUGACUGAUGUCUGAAAGGUUUUUUGUUUGCCUUUUUCCCUUGGCAUUUGUGUCUUUUGUUAAUACUUGUUUCUUUACUCCAUGUCACUUCCCGACUGAGUGUGGUCAUGGUUUGACAUUGCGGUGCAAAGUUUGUUUUGAUUUUAUCAGAACCGCAUGGAUGGGAACCUGCUUGGGCUUUCAUUGGGAUUUUUGCCUCAAAUUGUAGAGAUUGACCAUUGGGUGGCGUUAUACCUCAGUCAUUCAUAACCUUACCUUUCCAGUUGUAAAUCUUUACUUGCCACCUUAUCGAAGAACAUGACAUGAAGGCAACCACAUUUUGCCAUGAUUUAUUUUUCUGUGUCAGCGACCAUCCUACGUCUGUGUUGCUCAGAAAUUGUCAUCGCCUUGCGCAGGAGAACGUGGCAUUAUGGGUUUUGUGUUAGUGGAACUCAAGACAAAGCUAUUGGCAUAUCCUGAUCUACCCAAGGUUGUGGUUUUGUUUUUUGUUUUGAAAAUUGAAAAGCACUUUAAGUGUAUGAGUGUAUUUUAACGCAUAUUGUGUUGGGUUUUACAGACUCACUGCUCAUUGAACUCUGUAUGACUUGGCCUUUUGUUAUCAGCAUAUUAUUCAAUGUUUCUCUCACUGUCGAUAGUUGGUCAUGCAUAUGGUGCAUUUCUAUUAGUUUUCCUGAAUUCACUGUAGGGUUGAAUGUACUAAAGCAAAGCUAAUGCAGACAAUGCAGCACUUGUCUUUUGAAGAUCACCUGGGAUUUCCUUUGUAUAAUAUAUAAUUUACUGUUGACAUGCAUUUUUUUUAUUUUGACAGUCUAUCUAUCCCUUUAAUCUAGUAUUCGAAACAGCUCCCGCACCUUUGUCAGAAUCUUGUAAUUAUUUUUUUUGUGGAAGUAGUAGGAAAUUAGGUUUGUAAAGCUACUGUCGGAACCCUUCCCUGGAAAAAAAUGCUGCCUACACAUGCAUCAUACCCCCUAUGGUGCUGUAUAGUUAUAAAUAAUUGCCUACCCAUUAGUUCUCCCUUGAAACGCAGCUUCUUCUCCAACUCUGAUGGUCUUAACUAGUCUUCCCACCAAUAGACACAAGAUGUAGUAUUUAGCACUAACAGAAGAACUGUGCUGUGCAAGUUUGCUGGUUCCGUGUAAAUGUUGGCGGAAACCAGGUCCAACACUAUUGCACACAAUAUUGGGGUAUGGCCAUCGUAAACAAAACGCAUUGCACAUCAACGCAUGAAAAAUUGUCUGAUCAACAAAUGUACUUACGGUAAAUUAACUUUCCUUUAAUCCUUGAUGUCAGUGUGUGUGCGUGUGUGUGUGUGUGUGUAAACUUGAUGCACUGGCCCAUACUGCAGAAUGCCUUAAUUCCAUUCAUUAUUGUAAGUACCGUGCCACUCUGCUUCUCUCCUUUGUCCCAUCAGUCUGAGUUUUGUUUUUGUUAAAAGUAUUGCAGAACAACAAUAUGAUUUGCCUUCUUCACUGCAAGCUCUCACGCUUAGUGCUUCAACUCCUAGCCGUCACCAUGUGCAUCAAUGUAUCCCAAAUUCCAUCAAAUUCCUUAGAACGGCAUCUAUCUGAAAAAAGGAAAUUGUACAAAUGUGAUAUGAGUAUUUACAAUUUAAUUAUUUGCCCGGCAUAUAAAAUCAAACAUAUCAUUGCGUUGACAGAUGUACAUCCUACUGGAUUCAUUGAGUUGCAAUGGAGUGAAGCAAAACUGUUGUGCGUAAUGUUUUCAGGAGGUUCUUCUUUUCCCAUUGCCUUUGCAUCUAAUGGCGAUAUGUAAUUGCCAGGUGUAACAGGUCACGGGUGCAUUUCUUAAAGCCAUUGUUGCUAACUAUGUUAGCUACUUUGUUGUUUAGAAUGCACUUUCCCAUUGGCAACCACCCAAGUUGCUAACUGGCUAACAACUACGCUUUUGAGAAACUCACCCCAGUUUUCUUUCUUGUCAUUUUUACAUGCUUGUCUGAAAUCCAUUUUUGUGCAACAUCCGCAUCCAGCCACGUAUGUGCCUUUGCACUGGCCACCUCUUGACACCUUUUGUAAAUAGUUUCUUCUCUUUCUUUCUGUUUCAUAAUGUGAUGACGACGGUCAUUGUGGCAAUGACCAAAAUAUUUCCUUAAAAAAAAGAAACUGCUGUAUAUGGUUGAACGUGUGAGGGAACCCUUUGAUGUUCGUAUGUUGCAUGUGUUUCACAUGAGCAUUUUCCUUGUUACUGUUUCUUUAAAAAAAACAUGGCAGUUGGGCCAGUACUGGUUUGGAUCAAAUCUUUUUUUGGUUGUUUUGUUUCACUUUUGCAAACUCAAAUAACAGAUGUCCAAUCCAUGGGGAUGACUCAAGAUUUUCUUUUCCAUAACAGCAAGGCUAAAGUGAUUAAAAUGUUUGAUUUUUAGAUCAUUUCAUUUAAAAUCUCGUGAAAGUGCACUGAAUUUCUUUUGUUAAAUAUUUGAAUGCUUGUAAAGGAGCAAUACUAGUAUUUAAUAUGAUCUGCCAUGUAUCCAGUUAACAUGUUUUAUUCCCCAUUUUAUAGUUUAAUAACUAUCAACGGAUUGGUAGUGUACCUUCUGGGCAUGAAAGUUCACUCGGUGAAGAGCACAGUCUUGCCAAACGGAUGACCUUUUAAUUAGGUUUUUUUUUUUUAACAACAAGGGAGUUUUGGAUUCAUGAAAUUCAUUCAAUGCAAUUUGAUCAUCAAUGACUGCUUCCAUUUUGGUUUAUUGAAGGAACACACUCAUUUUUGUGAUAUUAGUUUGCUAUGGCCCCAUGAUUGUGGCUUACACUUUUGACAAACGGGUAUAGCCCAUUGUCAUUGAUUUCACUCUGGGGUCACUUGGAAAUCACACCAAGGUCCUUGCUAUCAGACUAGGUAGGUCUGCCGGCUGGGGUAAAGGGACAUUUAUUCUCCUCAUCUAAUUCAGCAACAGACAGCAAGGCAACAACCCCCCUCAAAAAGGUGACGUGUCUGUAACUGGGAAGGAAAGUAGACACUGUCUUGUCUCUAGGGAUUUUGAAGGAUCUAUACUUUUCUCCCUCUUGUUUGACAAAGAUCCUUGUUGGAUCCAUGCAUUGCAGAUUAAGUUGUGUUUUGGCUUUUGGGAUUGUCCAUGGCGCUCUUUUCUCCUUGAUCUUGAUUCUUGACCCAAAGAGAUGGAUUCACCUGCUUGGGAGACAAGACAGAGGAAUCCUAACAUGACCUUUAUCCUUCUGACCACAUCUAGCUUUCUACUUUGGACUGAGAUUUUGAUGGCUGAUUGGUUGAUUGUCCCCCGUUGAGUGAUUAUAAGUAUAUACUGGUGUAUAUACUUGAGAGCUACCGUUACUAGUUGAUUGUCCCCGUCGAGUGACAUAAAGAGUACUGGUAAGCCUUUUGAAUAGGCAGCACUCGCCCCCUCCUGGAAGAGAACUCAUGUGGUACCACACCUCCCUCACCUGUCUUGUUGCAUGACUGUAAAUGUUUCAACCGCUGUUCUGUUUGUAUGAAGACAAUCCCUGUUUCUGUGCUGUUUGUAAAAUACUGUAGGCACAUGCUUUGCUGAAUAAAAAAACAAUUAUAACAAAAGAGACUUCA